CAAGACAGAGAGCAGGAGAUCUCACUGAUAACGAGCAGGCCCGGAAAUAGAGGGAUCGGCAGACAGGAACUUGAGGUGGCUCAGAUUCGGAAGUCAUCGGACCUAAGUCUCGCAGCGAAAGAACCUGAGGCCUGCCCUUCCCCUCUCCAGGCCAAGAUGAUUCUUCGAUUAAUCAUGCUUGCUCUGCUGACAGGGCAUGUAGGGGGAGAGACCAGGAUCAUCAAGGGGUAUGAGUGCUCUCCUCAUUCCCAGCCCUGGCAGGUGGCUCUGUUCCAGAAGACACGGCUGCUCUGUGGGGCAACCCUCAUCGCUCCCAAAUGGCUCCUGACAGCAGCUCACUGCCGCAAGCCGUGGGUCUCUCCCCACCUCCCCUCUCUUGUCUCUCCCUGACCUUCCAUCUCUGACCGCCCUCUCUCCCACCUCAGCCGAUACGUGGUUCAUCUGGGGGAACACAACCUCCAGCGGCGGGAUGGCUGUGAGCAGACCCGAAUGGCCACUGAGUCCUUCCCCCACCCAGACUUCAACAACAGCCUCCCCAACAAAGACCACCGCAAUGACAUCAUGCUGGUGAAGAUGACGACAGCAGCCUUCAUCACUGGGGCCGUCCGACCGCUCACCCUGUCAUCUAACUGUGUCACUGCUGGCACCCGCUGCCUCAUUUCCGGCUGGGGCACCACAACCAGCCCCCAGUUGCACCUGCCCCAUGCCUUGCGAUGCGCCAACAUCACCAUCAUUAAGCAGGAGGAGUGUGAGAAGGCCUACCCUGGCAACAUCACGGACACCAUGGUGUGUGCCAGUGUUCGGGAAGAGGGCAAGGAUUCCUGCCAGGGUGACUCUGGGGGCCCUCUGGUCUGUGAUGGAUCUCUUCAAGGCAUUAUCUCCUGGGGCCAGGACCCGUGCGCUCUCACCAGAAAGCCUGGUGUCUAUACAAAAGUCUGCAAAUAUGUAGACUGGAUCCAGAAGACUAUGGAGAAUAACUAGCCAGGACCAGCCCAACACCCCUGAUUUCUACUUGCCGAUGUUGCUCUUGUUCAUUCUGUUAACAGUCAAGCCAGAGCAAGGACACCUUUGUGUAUUUUUUCGGCCUCCUUGACUAUGAGAGAUGCUAUAGCUUAAUAAUCAACUUGGGGUUUGGAAUCAGUGAGGCCUGGGUUCAAAUCUUGCCUUGUACUAAUUUGUGAUUCUGGGAGAGAUAAUAUUUGGUUCACUGUUGUAUCCCCAAGCCCCAGAGACAGUUUCUGGCACUCACCAAGGUUUCAAUAAAUACUUACUGAACAAAUGAA